CGUCUCCCUUCUUUUCCUUGGCUCUUUCCGUUCUUCCUCCUAUUCUCUUUUCGUUCAUAUUUCCUACUGUUUUUCUUUGAGCGGGCCCCCGAUUAUGAAUCUUUUUAUUUCUUGGGGUUAUCGACUUCUCCACGGCUAACAUCGCACUCCUUCAGAAUCCAUCUCUCAUAUUCACAGUCACCACUAACAUAGACGGCUCCCUUCAUACCAUUACCCCUAUUAUAAUUACGGACCGCAGGAACUGAGAUAUGACUACGACUAUAUCAACUACAGUUACUGAAGUAAUAGGUAGCGAGGCGCCUGUAUCGAUACCAUCAUCUGCUGUUACAGAGACUACUAGCACGGAUGCGCUACCGCCACUUCCUGUUCAUACAAGCAAUCCUCCACCACUUCCUCUUAGCACAGAAAACCCCACCUCCGCCUCGGCCUCCACCACCUACAACACCAAAACAGGUCCCACAAAGCCAGUUCUACCACCAUCUCCCCCGCCGCCAUCUGACCCACAGCCUGCAGACUCACCCGACUGCAAGGAUGGAAGAUCAGCAACACUACGCAUCCAGACAUACUCCUCAACGAACCAGCUAGCCCUGAUAACUUCCUGUAAGGAUCCUAGAUGCGUAACCGCCCUUCCAGAAGUCGUAAGUUCAGGUCGUCAAACUACUUCUACCCUUGCAGUCUUUGAGGAGCCCACAUCUCCUUUCAGAUGCUUUAAAGGCGCCCCCGAUCCCUCUGACAGUGGACCUGUUUCAAUGCCAACAUCACGCUCCAGCACCGCCAAGAACAAACGCACAAUCGCCAUCCCCAUCCCAGAGGACUUUGACGACCAACCACCACGGCGCAUAAACAAAUUCAUCGUGGACCAGAUGGUGAUAGCUCAAUUACACGGGAAUAUUAUCCCCAUAGCCGGCAAUGGGGAUAGCCCUGUUGGUGGUAUUUCAUCAGGUAUCCACGGCGGCUCAUCUGUGAUGGUAAUCGCUCAGCGUACAAUCUGGAUCGCUUACUUCUGGGAAAUUCCCAUAUUUUCAAAUGAGGGGUCAGUGCGAAUGGCAACCUCGACGAUAGUGUUACCCCCAUUACAGAUGCUCUAUUUCGCUCUCAUGUGCUCGACAUCUUUAGGUUCGGGAACGUUACACUCAGCGGUGCGAGCUCGCAAUCUUUCCUAGGCCUAUCUCAGAGCUGUUAUUAUAGAUUAUAUUACCAUUCAGCUAGACCAACCAUUUCGCAAGUUAAAGCACGGUACCAUCCCCAUCCAAUGUGAUCCGAACCAACAGCCGCCAGGUCAGCAAGACUGUAAGGCGA